CUGGAUAUUCCUUCUCGGCGUCGGUGGUCUCCGUCUGUUACGCGGGUUGAAUCUAUUGCUUCAGAACGUCAUCCGUACGACUCAGUGCUCUAGGUAGUCGCCGCCCAGGUUGUGCCAAAAUGCGGUCUUCAAUGCUCCUCGCUGGAGCCAGCAUGUUGCUCGGCUCCGCUCAGGGUCUCAACAUUCUCAUGAACAAUGAUGAUGGUUUCGCCUCAGCCAACUUGCGAGAGUUUUACAAGGUCCUCAAGAGCAAGGGGCACAAUGUUUGGAUCGUUGCGCCGGCUGUUCAACAGAGUGGACAAGGCGGCCGUUCCGACUUCACUACCUAUCCAAACCUGACCUCACCGGCACAAUAUGGCAUCAUACCCACCGGUGCGCCCUCGGUUGGCCCGGAUCCCAUUGACAGCCACAUUUGGUACUACAACGGUACGCCAGCCGCCUGUACCUUCGUUGCGCUGGACUACGUCCUCCCCAAUUUCGCCAAUUUCAGCAAGCCCGACCUUGUUGUCACGGGCCCCAACUACGGCACGAACCUGGGGCCCUUCGUCUGGACGCUCUCAGGCACAGCUGGAGCCGCAUACGCCGCCACCUCGCGCUCCAUCCCGGCCAUCGCCUUCAGCGGGUCCAACAGCGCGCUGGACUAUCGCAACAUCACCAACUCGACCAACGAGUAUACCUAUAUCGCCAAGCUUUCGGGUAACAUUGUUGACGCCUUUGUCAACUCUUCGACCCCCGGGGAGCCAGUCUUGCCGCUCGGCUAUGGCGCCAAUGUCAACUACCCCAGGCUUGGCGCCAACUGGUCCAGCGUCCCCAUCCUCCAGACGAGGAUGACGGGAGAGGCAAACACGAAUAUCGCCCUGCCAGUGGAGGCCAACCCCGGCACAUUCACUUGGGGCAAUAUCGACCCCUUACAGGAUGGUGUGAAUGAGUGUAUCAAUGGGGAUUGCAGCAUGACUGGUGAGACGGCGGCUGUGAGUGAUGGGUUUGUUUCUGUGAGCCUGUACACUAUCGACUACUCUGCGCCGAAAAACGACAAGACGGAGGCGAUUGUAGACCGGCUGCCAUUCGUGCAGACGGGGCGUAUUAGGAGGAGGUGGGAAUCUUGAGGUAUACUUGCCCUAUAGAGAAACAAUUCGGAUCCACUGAUACUG